GCACCAAAUCUUUGCCGUCAUUGUCGACAUUCUUCGUGGUAUCCCAACCUCGACCGAGACGGCCAGCAUAACAACGAAACCCUCGAGCGAACGCCAGACGGCAGAUAUCCCCGCGAAACCCGACCAAUUGCCCGAUAGCGAGGAGCCUCUCUCGACUGGGCCCGGUCACGCGUACUCUCACUACCUCACAAACCAUGUCGACGCGACGAGCUGCCUUGUCAGUAACCUUUACCUCCUCCCGAACCGCCGGCCCAGCGAUUGCCGAUUCAUCGAGCUCCGUGCGCUGACUGUCAUCAUAUCCAGAUCCCUCUACCGCCGCUCAUUGAAGCUGGCGCUAGAUUGGGCCGUCCAUCGACACCUGUGGCGUGGCCAGGCUAUGUAUAUUCGCUCACUAUUCGAGGCCAACCGCAAUGUCACCGAUCCCCGGCAUCAAAGGGCUCUAUUGACCGAGACCGAGAAGCUGCUAGAGAGCUGGAAGCACCCUGACCCUUAUACUCCCCCGACAGCCCCCGGAGGUUCCAAGUACGAGCGAAACCUCCCGUCGCCUGUUCUCGACCCUCCCCCACACCCUGUCAACCGACACUAAAAACCCGACUGGAUUAUUUGGGCUGUACGAGAGGAUAUAUGUACAUAGAAGAGGAUACAGAUGGGCUCGCGGAGAGGACUGUAGCAUGAAUCAAAUGAAUUUGGUCAUUCAAGUACCACAUCAGUGCGAACGAGGUUGAGGUUCAACCACAAGAAUCAGCAUUUACCGACACUCUAUCCGUACGAGCGCCAGGAAUCUUAUCGAUAGUGCAUGUUGGAAAGCUAAUCACCGCAAGCAAAUGGUUAUGUUGGAAGCGAUAGUUGAAUGCGGAUCAUAAGGAAAUGGCAGUUGCAAACAGCCGGCUUGCCAAGUCCAGGGCAGCGAGAGCAAGACAUAAUCACGCGAGAUAGGAUGGUGAUAUCAAGUGGCGAAAACAUUCACAGCAGGACCAAGAGGCGAUGAUGUAGAUCUUUGAAGUAUUCUUAUUUCAUGACCAUAGCCGUGGGGGAUUAUUGUACAACCCUAACGCGCGAAUAAACUGAUGAAAAACAACCGUAUGAACCCUUAAACCGUGACCCCUUUGUCAUGACAACCCAAACAACC